AUGUCCGACAUAACAGACAUCCUCCACCGGACCUCCUCCCGCUCCAACACUCGCGUCCCCCCCAUCGUCGCCGCGCGCCAAAGAUCAUCCUCUUGCAAGACUUCCUCCUCUCCACCCCCAACUCAUAUGGCCGCUCUCUCGCGCACGAAACUCCACAAAGAAACCUCCGCGCGAGACCCCGACCUCCGCCGCUGUCUCGGCCACCACCGCCUCCUCCGCCGAUCCGUCCACCUCGCACAAGAAGACAUGCAAAAAGCAGUGAUCUCCUUCCAGACGGGCCCAGACCCGGGGUAUGCUUCCGGCUCAGACUCCGAUUCCGACGAUGAGGAGUUCGACGACUACUACCUCAGCAAACAGCAGCCUACGAGUCACCCGCGCGAGGGCCCCCCCAUUCGCGAGCAGAUCGCUUCGGCAGUCAAGGCGAUGGUGCGGCGGAAAUUGUCUACCUCUUCUACUGUCACUCCUGUUGCUCUGUCGGAGAAGGAAGACGCCGGCACGCCGGCGUCUUCGGACUGGGCGUUUGCAAGUAGGAAUAGCGCGGAGGUGUCUGCGCAGCCGGGGAAGUUCGAGAUCAAGGCUGAUGGCGGGCUGUCAGCUUCGGGUGGGAUUUUACGGACUACUACUAUGGCUGUCUCGUCUAGGGGAGAGGGGGAAGGGGAAGGGGAAGAAGCUGAAAAGGGAGAAUUCCCUGAUGGAGAGGAGAAAGAGAACGUGGAGCCUCUCAUUAAUAAAGCAUUCGGAUGUCCCCUGCAGCGACAGAUGUGCCAGGGUGAGCAACAAAGACACGAAACUAGGUCGUCGAGAAAGAGGCGGCGGUUUCCGCUGGGGCGGAGACUCUGGUCGCAGAAUUACGAGGUGCGGGCUGGAGCAUCUUUUUAG